AUGCCUACAAUUCUUCAAUGUAUUGCGAGGCAAAAAAAAGUUCGAGGGACAGAUGAGUGCGAGGAGGCCUUUAAAAGCAUAAAGAGGCACUUGUCAACACCUCCAAUUUUGGCAAAACUGAUAACUGGAGAAACUUUACUCCUUUACUUGGUUGUCUCGAAAAAUGCGAUUAGUGCAGCAAUAGUGCGAGAAGAGGGAAAGCACCAGCAACCAGUUUACUAUGUUAGUAAAAGGUUACUGGGGGCAGAAUCGAGGUAUCCACCUCUUGAAAAACUUGCCCUAUGCCUAAUUCAUGCAUCUCGCAAAUUAAGGCCUUACUUUCAGGCACAUCCAAUAAAGGUGUUAACUGAUCAACCCCCGAGAUAA